UUUAAGUUGCGUCGCGCCACAGCUGUCUGCUCUCAUUGAGCCGCCCGGCGCCAUCCUGAAAGAAUGCCUUCAGUGUGAGGGGAGAGAGAGGGAAAUUAGAGAGAAGAGAGAGAGAGAGAGAGGGAAAUUAGAGAGAGAGCUAACCUGUUGACUGCCCCCCCCCCACGCCCCCCCCCCCUCCCUCUGCACGUCCUCCAGCCCCAAACAAGAACGACUUUUCCCGCGGAGUUGAGAUCUUCUUCUUCUUCCUGCCCUCCAUGUUGGACCUACUCUUCCCUCCUCCUCCCCCUGUCAGGCGGGCUGCGUGUUCCGGCAGACGUCCGUCGAACCGGGCCGCGACUAACGCCUAACGCGUCGCGGGUGCACGCGUGUGUGUGUGUGUGUGUGUGUGUGUUCGGUGUCACGCGUGUGCGUGUGUCAGCGCGGUGACUUGUUGGAUUUUAACCUGCGAGACAAAGAAAAGGGAUUUGUGACGUCCGGUCCGUUUCUUUUCCUCUCCUCUCCCCCCCCCUCGCAUGAACGUGGAAGAGCUGAGAAUGGAAGUAAGCGCGGACCAGCCGCGCUGGAUGAGCCCGCACCCGGCGGUGCUGAACGAGCAGCAUCCCGGCUCUCAUCACCCGGGCCUGGGCCACUCGUGGGACCCCACGCAGUACCCGCUGGCGGAGGAUGUGGAUGUACUCUUUAAUAUUGACGGGCAGGGCAACCACGUCUCGCCGUACUACGGCAACUCCGUGCGGGCCGUGCAGCGGUAUCCGCCCCCUCCGCAUAGUAGCCAGGUGUGCCGGCCCUCCCUGCUCCACGGCUCCCUGCCCUGGCUGGAGGGCAGCAAGGGCAUCGCCCCGCACCACAGCGCGUCCCCGUGGAACCUGAGCCCCUUCCCCAAGAACCCGCUCCACCACGGCUCCCCGGCCGGCCUGUCCGUCUACCCGCCGGCGUCGUCGUCGUCCACCGGACACUCCAGCCCGCACCUCUUCACCUUCCCCCCCACCCCGCCCAAAGACGUGUCCCCGGACCCGGGCCUCUCCGCGCCGGGCGCGGGCGGCCCCGGCGGGCGGCAGGAGGACAAGGACUGCAUCAAGUACCAGGUGACCCUGGCCGAGAGCAUGAAGCUGGAGUCCGCUCACAGCAGGAGCAUGGCGGCCAUGGGGCCCGGCUCGUCCUCGGCCCACCACCCCAUCGCCACAUACCCACAAUAUGUCCCCGAUUACGGGCCAGGCCUCUUCCCACCAAGUAGCCUGAUAGGUGGGUCCUCUUCUAGUUAUGGUUCCAAAACAAGACCAAAAACAAGGUCCUGUUCAGUCGGCGGCCCGGCGCGCUGGAACGUCGUGCGCCAACUGCCAGACGACCACCACCACGCUGUGGAGGCGGAACGCCAACGGCGACCCCGUGUGCAACGCCUGCGGCCUCUACUUCAAGCUGCACAAUAUCAACCGACCUCUGACCAUGAAGAAGGAGGGCAUCCAGACCCGCAACCGGAAGAUGUCCAGCAAGUCCAAGAAGAGCAAAAAGUCCCAGGACAACAUGGACGACUUCUCCAAGAGUCUGAUGGACAAGGGCAGCUCCUUCAGCCCCGCCGCCCUCUCCCGCCACAUGUCCUCCUUCCCGCCCUUCUCGCACUCGGGCCACAUGCUGACCACGCCCACCCCCAUGCACCCCUCCUCCAGCCUGAACUUCGCCCCCCACCACCCCUCCAGUAUGGUCACGGCCAUGGGCUAGACCCGCCCCCUAACCCUCCCCGCCGCAGGCCGCCCUCUUCAGUUGAUCUUAUUUUUAUAAAACCCCUUCCAGCGGGGGAGGAGCCCCGACACCUGACGGGACGGAGGGGCGGGACUUUCGACUCCUCCUCCUCCUCCCCCGCUCCAUUUGUGUACAAAAAUCGAAAGGUCACAGGAACUGACUUUGACUAAGCCCCGCCCCCCUCGUCUUGCACCUGUCUAACAGGACACGCUCUCCGCCCCUUUGUACAAAAUGUAUGAAAUACGUUUAAUGAAGACUUUGAGAAAGAAGAAGAAAAAAAAAAAAAAAAAAAAAAAAGGAAAGGUACGAGGGAGGGGCUCACGCCGCCAUCUUGGAUUCGAUGUAAUGCUAACGAUAACGCUAUCGCCUUUCUUUUUCUUUUUUGGAUGUGCUUUAAGUCUCGGCCUGUUGGUUUGUGUUGAUGCGCACGCCUACACACACACACACACACACACACACACACACACACACACACACACACACACACACACACACACACACACACACACACACUGGUUGUCAUUUGGAAUGGGGACCAAGUUUUGGUUCAGGACUGGUGGGGACCUCCCUUUCUACAGGUUGUGGAGGCAUAAAAAAAAAUGAGUUAGCUCAUACACGUCUUUAAAGGCCUACUGAAAUGACAUUUUCUUAUUUAAACGGGGAUAUCGGAUCCAUUCUAUGUGUCAUACUUGAUCAUUUCGCGAUAUCGCCAUAUUUUUUGCUGAAAGGAUUCAGUAGAGAACAUCGACGAUAAAGUUCGCAACUUUUGGUCGCUGAUAAAUAAAAAAAAAAGCCUUGCCCGUACCGGAAGUAGCGUGACGUCGCAGGUUGAAAGGCUCCCCACAUUUCCCCAUUGUUUACACCAGCAGCGAGAGCGUUUCGGACCGAGAAAGCGACGAUUACCCCAUUAAUUUGAGCCAGGAUGAAAGAUUAGUGGAUGAGGAACGUGAGAGUGAAGGACUAGUGUGCAGUGCAGGACGUAUCUUUUUUCGCUCUGACCGUAACUUAGGUACAAGCUAACUCAUUGGAUUCCACACUUUCUCCUUUUUCUAUUGCGGAUCACGGAUUUGUACUUUAAACCACCUCGGAUACUAUAUCCUCUUGAAAAUGAGAGUCGAGAACGCGAAAUGGACAUUCACGGUGACUAUUAUCUCCACGACAAUACAUCGGCGAAGCUCUUUAGCUACGGAGCUAACGUCAGAUGCAGAUAGAAACAAAAUAAAUAAACCCCCGACUGUAAGGAUAGACAGAAGAUCAACAAUACUAUUAAACCAUGGACCUGUAACUACACGGUUAAUGCUUUCCAGCCUGGCGAAGCUUAUCAAUGCUGUUGCUAACGACGCCAUUGAAGCUAACUUAGCUACGAGACCUCACAGAGUUAUGCUAAAAACAUUAGUGCUCCACCUACGCCAGCCAGCCCUCAUCUGCUCAUCAACACCCGUGCUCACCUGCGUUCCAGCGAUCGAUGACGCAACGAAGGACUUCACCCGAUCAUCGAUGCAGUCUGCGGCUAGCGUCGGAUAGCGCGUCUGCUAUCCAAGUCAAAGUCCUCCUGGUUGUGUUGCUGCAGCCAGCCGCUAAUACACCGAUCCCACCUACAGCUUUCUUCUUUGCAGUCUCCAUUGUUCAUUAAACAAAUUGCAAAAGAUUCACCAACACAGAUGUCCAGAAUACUGUGGAAUUUUGCGAUGAAAACAGAGCUUUUUGUAUUGGAUUCAAUGAGGUCCGAAUACUUCCGUUUCAACCAUUGACGUCACGCGCAUACGUCAUCAUACAUAGACGUUUUCAACCGGAAGUUUAGCGGGAAAUUUAAAAUGGCACUUUAUAAGUUAACCCGGCCGUAUUGGCAUGUGUUGCAAUGUUAAGAUUUCAUCAUUGAUAUAUAAACUAUCAGACUGCGUGGUCGCUAGCAGUGGCUUUCAGUAGGCCUUUAAAUACCUGGAUUGAUGAAGUCAUGUGCUGAUCAUUCUUACUGGGGACCCUGGGGGACAAACAGUUAAUAUGCUUCAUGGGGACCACAUUUAAAUCAUUUGGCAUAAUUCACACACAUUUGUUCGUGACUACUGAGGACCAUUUAAAAAAAGUUGAAAUUAGAUGUGAAACAUGUUUAUUUUUCAGUAGACAUGUUUUAUGGGCCAAAGCUGAAUGGAUCUGACUAUCAUUUAAAAAGGUUUCCCUUUAGGGGACCUGUUUUUUUGUCCCCAUACCGUCAGAGGUCCCCUAUAGGUGACUGUGUAAUCAGAGCCAUGUCCCCAUUAAGUAAGCAUUGCCAGAACACACACACACACACACACACACACGGACACACACGCACACACACGGACUUUCUUCCCGCCCACAGAUUAUAUGCAUUGUGAAACAAAGUUCCUGUAUUUGUUAUUUGUAUGUAUAAAUCAGAGUACCAAAAAUACGAAAGAAACAAAGAUGUAGAAUUAUUUCUUUAUGUUACGCAGACUGAAUGGUUGUACAAAUUUAAUAAUAAUAAUAAUAAUAAUAAUAAUAAUCACUGGUGUAAAAUAUGGCUGCUUUGCUUUUUCCUUUACGUUUGGUGCCCACCUUGAAGAACAAUAAAGGGACUUCCAUCUUUG